ACGUCCCCCCGUCCCGGCAUCCCCAAGUCCCCGCGUCAUCGAGUCCUACGUGCCACGUCCCAGUCCCCAAGUCCCCGUCCCACUUUUAGUCACAGCCAAAAUUAUACAAUAAUUAAUUCAUUACCCACUUAGUCAAUCACAACCAUCUCUUCAUAAAAGACAGUUACAUGAACGUUAAAUCCAGCUGCUGGAGCAACAGUGAUUUUGUAUCUGAAAAUUAACUGUUUGGGAUCCAUUCAAACUUUUUCUGCUUGGUUUGUUAAAUCAAAAUAUAUCAUACCAUAAAGACUAUCAAAGUUUGCGAGAUUCAGUUGUGUUCCAGUAUUAUAAUCAUUUCUUCUUUUAGCAUAAGACAUCAAAUCAUUAAAAAUUCUUACCUUACUUUCUGUAUCAUACUCAGUUUCUGCACAGGCGGCCCAAGCACGAGAUGAGAGGAAAUAAUUAAUGUAAAUGAAACGUAUGCGAACGUGACUCUUGCCUUCGAGCGGUGUUGUGUUACAAAGAUGCGAUUUACAGGGGUUUGUAUGGGAACUUUACAGGUUUGCUUUAAAUACCUCAAAUUUAAUGUUCUGUGAAUAAAACUGACUUACCUUGCUUUCCUGUCGUAUUCUUUGUUGUUCCACGGUGUUUGAGGCCGUUUUGAAGCGUUUUCAGCGAGUUAGCGCUGAAGGUGGUGUCCCACUAGAAAAAACACAAGGCUGGCUGGCUCAGAAUCGAACCAUCGUACUGCGAAGGCCAAAAUAUUCCCGAGGAAUGGACUCAGCCGCCUCAAAUCACGAUCAGCCGAAGCGUGAAUAACUCGCUUCCCAGUCUGUCGGUCGCUGGUUCACAAAUCUCAUCGCAAGGGCCUGAAAAUCGCUCUUUUACCAGUUCAAAUCUGCCUCUCUCGCUGCUGCAUCAUGCGUAAACCAACGGUGCGGAUACCAGAUUUGAAAUCUAAGCUUAGCGACCACGUCCGCUCGACAAAAACAGCACUCGGUCGGGGUGGGACGGAACUAUUGCCUAUAUGCAAAUCAACACCUUGCGAGGGUACACUGCGUUAGAUUUCACCGGAAACCGCUAACGCUUGAUGGGUUAAAACCCCGCGAAAAGCCGCGAAUGCAUUCGGAGCAUAUAUGUCAAAUCUGGAAAAGUUAGGUGCCGUUCGCUGUUUUGUAUUGUAAAGUUGUUUGUAUCGUAGUUUGUAGUAUGGGUGAAAACCUCACUCCCGAACAAGCGGAAAUUUCUCAGUUUGCCAGGAAUGGCCAUAACGUAUUGGUUACCGGUCAAGGUGGAACAGGAAAAUCCCGAGUGGUAAAUGUCAUCCGUGAUGACUGCAGGCAGCGUGGACUUAAAGUAGCUGUAAUUUGUUCCAGUGGAAUCGCUUGCCAAGUUUAUGAUCGAGUUGUUGCAUCUACUGUCCACUCGUACUAUGGACUUGGCGCCGCAAAUAUGCCUUCCGGUCAACUUAUCGAUCGUGCAACAAGCAACGUAGGAGUUUCGAAAAAACUUAAAACAGUGGAUGUAGUAAUCUGGGAUGAAGCAAGUAUGUCGAGUGAUCGUAUGUUGGAACUUGUGAAUGCCUUGCAUCACAGACUCUGUGAAGAUAAGUCCGAGGGAGAGAGUUUGCCAUUUGCGAGAAAGCAAAUUAUUAUCGUUGGUGAGUUUUUACAGUUACGCCCCGUACCAAGCUCGUUUGAUUCGGGUUCCUUCAUGUUCCUUUCACGAGUAUUUGUAUACGCCAUAACCCACAGAUUUCAACUCACCAAGGUGUUGCGUCAAUCGGAUACCGUGGACACGAUGUUCAUGAAUUGUUUAUCGGAUGUCAGAUUAGGAACUUGUAGCCAGGAAACCGCCUCAUUUAUUGAGGAGUUAUCUAGAAGCCUGGAUCCUCAAUUGAAAAGCAUGGCAACGCAUAUUUUUUUCAAGAAAAAUUCUGUAUUUCUUUUCAAUCGUUCUGUCUUAGAAGAGCUCGACGGUGAGUUACUCCGCUUCGAUGCCACCUUCGAUGGAAAAGGUGAGAAGAUGAAAUUUCCGAGGGAAAAAACCUUGUUCUUAAAGCGUGAUUGUAAAGUCAUGCCAGUGUGGAACAGAUCAGAUGCCCUAAAAAAUGGAAGCAUGGGAACUUUUAAGAGUGUAGACGGAAAUAAACUUCUGGUUUACUUCGAGAAGGUCGGUACAGUUGGCAUUGAAAGAGUUACCUGGAUUCAAAGGAAUCGCCAAGGUGAGAAAAUUGGAAGUGUAAGUCAGUUUCCGAUUAUCCUGGGGAAUGCUGUAACGUGUCAUAAAUAGCAGGGGUUGGAGCUCCCAGCGGUAGUUCUGCAUUCAUCGAAAGAAUUUGUCCCCGGUUUAGUCUACGUUGCAAUGUCCCGGGUCAGAUCUGAAGAUACACUGCAGGUAUUAGCGUUCAAUAGCAACCAGAUUUUACCAGCUGAUC